CCGAACCACAUUCGGUUCUCCUAGAAAAAAUUUCCCCUUUACGAAGAGAGGGAAACCAAAACGCGAGAGCGCCACUGUGAAGAGCAGAGAGGAGCCUCCGAGAUCUCUGUUCGGAAGUUGCGAAGCCAUCUUGGACUCUUCAAAUUUUCUCUUUUUCAGCCCGGGAGAGGGAAAAACCAACCGCGCGACUGUCACUGUGAGAGUGGAGGGAGACCUUCGGGAUCCCUGUUCUGAGCUGCAAACCGUAUUAGAAACCUUCGAAUUUACUGAAGAAGUGCACACUAUUGGUUGUGUCAGUCAUGGGUGAGGCAGACGCAGUGACAAAAGCUUCUGAGGCGGCAGCAAAUGGAACUGGUCCACCUGAGAAAAUUGGUGGAGCUGCAAAUGAGAAGAAAAAGGAGGCAAAUGAUGGAGUGAAGGAUAUGGAAAUAGAUGGUAAAGACAGUAAAAAUGUUGAAAAUCAUGCGAAAGUGAGUGAAGGGCAGGGUGUCAAGGAAAAGAAGGAAAGCAAAGAACAGGAAAUGAAGGAAGGUAGUGAAGAGAAAGAGAUGGAGAAGAAAGAAGAACAAGAAGAGAAGGACAGCAAAGCAGAGGGAAAGGAGGACAGAAAAGCAGAGGAAGAGAAGGACACUGAAAAAGAGGAAGCAAAUGACGUCCAAAUAGAAGAAGAAAAGAAAAGCAGAGUAGAGGAAGAAAGGGAUUGGAAUGAAGAGAAAGAGAUUGAUACAAUAGAAAAGGAAGAUAAGGAAAGCAAAGAAGUAGAAGAGAUGGAUAACAAAGUAGAGGAAGAGAAAAAUAGCAAAGAUGAGGAAAUGAAGGAAAGCAAUGAAGAGGGAGAAGAAGAGAAGGUAGAAGACAAAACAGGAGCGAUGGAGGAGGAAACGGAGCUGAAAGAAGUAGAGGAGAACAAAAAAAAUAAGGAAGGUGAUGAAAAGGCAGAGAAGGUUGAUGGGUCUAAAAAGGAAAAAGAGAAGGCAGAAGUGAUUACAGAGGGGAAGGGGUUGAGGAAGCGUGGGAGAGGGAGGGGGAAGGGUUCUUCAGAGAAAGUCAAAGAAAAGAAAAAGGAAGAGAAGAAGGAGAAAGAGCAAAAGACCCCUGCCCCCCCUACAAUUGAGCGCCCUGUACGUGAGCGAAAAUCUGUUGAAAGGCUGGUUGCAUCUAUUGAGAGAGAAGCUGUCAGGGAACUCCAAAUUGAAAAGGGUCGUGGUACUCCUCUAAAAGAUAUUCCUAAUGUGGCAUACAAAUUAUCGAGAAGGAAGACUGAUGACACUUUUAAGAUGCUUCAUACGAUUCUCUUUGGGAGAAGAGGAAAGGCAUUUCAGAUCAAGAACAAUAUAUCCCGCUUUUCUGGCUUCGUAUGGCAUGAAAACGAGGAAAAGCAAAAGAUGAAAGUGAAAGAGAAGUUUGACAAGUGUAACAAAGAGAAAUUGUUGGAAUUCUGUGACUUGCUUGACAUACCAAUUGCAAAGGCUAGUACAAGGAAGGAAGAUAUAGUUGUAAAACUGAUAGACUUUUUGGUGUCUCCGCAUGCUACAACUACAGUGUUACUUGCUGAGAAGGAGCAGUCUAGUAGGGGGAAAAAACGAAAGAGGGCAGUCAAACAAGGUGCAUCAAUGACUGGUGGUCCACCUUCAAAACGUUCAGUGAAGAAUCAGCGAAGGGUGGAGGAUGCUCCAAAAGGGGAAGAGAAAAAGAGUCCUCCUGAGACAGAAGAUGAAUCAGAAGAAAAAGAAGACGAACGUGAAGAGGAAAAUGAGAAUGGUGUUCCUGAAAGAUCUGAGGAUGAGAUGCCUGAGCAUUCUGAAAGUGAGGAGAAGGAAAAUGAAUCUGAAGAUGAAAGUGACGAAGACAGAAAUAAACGCAAAAGAGGUGCAAAAGGGUCCUCUACAAAGAAGGGAUCUUCUGGGAAAACUAAAAAUAAGAAAAUUGUUUUGCCAAAGGAAGUUAGUUCACCAACCAAGAAACCAAAUAAGAAAUCAUCCUCAAAUCGCUCUAAGGUCGAUGAUAGCAGUGAUCCAGGUCCGAGAGUGUUCUCCAGGAAGAAGAAAACUGAAGAAGUAGUUAAAAAGAAGCCCUCAACUCCAGCGAAAUCUGCCCCAAAAGAGAAAACUGGGAAAAAGGUUGGAAAAGGGAAGGACAAGCCCAAGGAGGAUAAAUUGAGACCAAGCGAUGGUGAACUGCGAAGUGCAAUAUGUGAAAUUCUUAAAGAAGUUGACUUUAAUACGGCCACUUUUACUGAUAUUCUGAAGCAACUUGCUCGGCAAUUCAAUACUGAUCUAACUCCCAGAAAGUCAUCCAUAAAGCUUAUGAUCCAGGAGGAGCUCACUAAGUUGGCAGAUGAUGCUGAUGAAGAAGAAGAAGAGGGAGAUGCGGAGAAAGAUGAAAUGCAGCCUGGCAGCCAGGAAGUUGAGGCCUGACUUCAACCACUAAAAGAUGAUACACCUCUCCAUGAAAAUUGCUCAGCUGCCGAACUACCUCAUCAUUUACCUCGACUUUUACUGUUCCCGUGUACUGUGUUAGUCUGGUUUUUAGUAUAAGCCGGUUGUAAUUUUAUGGUGGGAGAAAAGAAAGUGUUGUUAUGUGGGGUCUGUUUUGAAGUAGUAGGAUUAGUAGUGGGAGGGGAACUGCAGCUUUGGGUUUAUUAUGUACACAGCAACAUAAUUGUAGGAAUUUUCCUCUUUUUUUUUUUUUUUUUUUUGGGGUUUUCUUAAUUUAAAACUGACCCAUUUGUGGAGUAGAAGAGCUAAACAGGCUAUAUGGGCACAAUCCCAUUCUUGUUUCCGAGUUUUAUAAUGGACUAUGGGCUAUACGUAAGUUGCUGGACCCACUUGUAUGAAAAUGAGGGUCACCAUUAUUUGA